CACUACAUAGCAAAGACUAUUUCUCCGAUCUCUUUUCUAAGUUUCUUGUUCUGUGCCGUUUUUCAGUUUCAUCAUCAUCAAUUUCAAAACCCUUUAUGUUACAGUAAACUCAUUCUCCAAUCUCAAUCCCAAAAAAUGGGUGUAGGAAUAUCAGUGUUAAUAGCACUAAAAGCAACAACACUAUUACUCAUUUUCGCAUACCUAAAAAAACUAGGGUUCAUCAUUUUAUCUUUUCCAUUCCUCUAUUCAUCCUUAAUCUCAUUCCUAGUUUCAAUCGCAUCACAUCCAUCAAUCGAUCUUCCAUUACUUCUAGGAAAAACCUCCGAUGGAUCAUUCCCAAUUCUAUCACUCAUAAUUUUCAGUCCUUAUCUUUACUUCGUUCGAAUUUUCUCUGCAAUUCGAAGGCAAAAAAGUGGUGAACCACCUUAUACGAAAGUUUACGACGGACUUUACGUUGGUGGUUGGCCUUCUUCGCCGGAAAAGAUGCCGCCGGGUGAUCCUGCUAUUAUUGAUUGUACUUGUGAGUUUCCGAGGUUGAAAGGUUUUAAUGGUGGGUUACCUUAUAUGUGUGUUCCUACUUGGGAUACUAGAUCGCCUCAACCUGGUGAUAUUGAACGUGCUGUUAAAUGGGCUUGUCGAAAAAGGGAUCUUAAUACACCCAUUUUUGUUCAUUGUGCUUAUGGUCACGGAAGAAGUGUUGCUGUUAUGUGUGCACUGUUAGUGGCACUAGGUAUCUCAGAGGAUUGGAAGAAUGCUGAAAAGCUGAUAAAACAAAAACGUCCUUACAUUCGCAUGAAUGCUCUCCAUCGCAAGGCACUUGAAGAAUGGUCUGCAAACCGAUUGUCUUUGCCAAAGCCAAAGAAGUGAAGAAAUGGGUGUGGAUUCAUCGACUAAAUCUGAUUUGUUCUGUCAAACACAGUUUGAUGGUUUUAUAGACAGUACCAAUUAGAAAAAAAAUGCUUAAAAUAGAUUCUCCAUGCGCCUUUAAUUUAUCAGCAUUCUUGUUUUCGAAUUAAUCUAGAACUAUUAUCUGGCUACUAAUUGCUCUAUAAUUGGCUUCUCCUGCUCGAACAUGUUAGUGGAAACUGAUCCGUUAGAACAAUGGGAUGCUCAUAUUAUGAAAGCUGGAACACCAGUGGAGAUCAUUUCAUUGUGUAAUGCCUGUGGAUAAUGAUUACAACUGUAGUUUGUUGCCAACUUAUGAUUUAUGUCGAUUGUUAAACUGUCUGACUCAAAGCUCGAGUUUAGCUUAAGGUUUGUUAUUGUUUAUUUAUUAUGAGAUUGCUUAUGACACAAUGGAAAAACGCCUGCAGGGCUGCAUGAUAGAGUAACUUUUAUUGUUGUAAUAUUGUUGUAUGAUAGAUAGUUCGAAAAUAAUUGGACUGUAUCUAAUUGUAGUGAUUACUCUUUCUUGUA